AUGGAUAGCGAACUCUCGAGAAUCACAAAGUUGAAGGGACUGGAGGAUUGGGGAACACGGAAGUUUAAGGUACGAACAUUAAUUCUCGCUAGUGAAGCGCUCGAGGUCACGACAGGAGAAAGCGUAAAGCCCGAGUUGGAGGCAAAUGCGAACGCAGGCGUGAUCGCCGAGCACAGCAGAAUACUUCGAGCGUGGAAUAAGCUGGAUGCAAUAGCUCAGAAAAUCAUUGUGACGACGGUAAGUGACCAGCCACUCCUUCACAUUAUUAACGGUGAACCAGCCAGAAAAAUGUGGCAGAAGUUGCACGAUAUCUUUGAGAAUAAAAGUGAGACGGCGGAACAUAUCCUCCAGCAACAGUGGUAUACCAUCGGCAAGGAUCAGGGAAACGAUAUUCCUACACACAUAGCGAAGGUCAAAGAUCUCGCCCAGCGUCUCAGCGUACUUGGAGAACCUUCCUCCGAUAGCAUGGUCAUGACAAAAGUUCUCAUGACGUUGCCUCUGGCGUACUCUCAUUUCACCACGGCUUGGGAGUCUACAAGUGUGGAUCAACGCACCUUGUCAAAUUUGAUAGCUCGAAGAAAUACGAAUCGGGGCCAGUGA